GAUUUCCUAUUGCGAGCUCUAGACAAGUACCGAAUACUAUUUCGACCAGCCAUGCCGCACCUGAAGCUUCGAGACGGAGCAGAGCUCUUUUACAAGGACUGGGGCAAUCCUCAAGGCCCAAUCGUCACCUUCUCUCAUGGCUGGCCUUUGAGCAGCGACAAUUGGGAAAACCAAAUGAUGUAUCUCGCCGAUCAGGGCUACCGCGUCAUCGCGCACGAUCGCCGUGGCCACGGACGAUCUACUCAGACCUGGGCUGGAAAUAAUAUGGACACCUUUGUCGACGAUCUCGAAGAGCUUUUUACACACCUCGGGGUUAAGAAUGCAGUCAUAGUCGGUCAUUCCCACGGAGGAGGAGAGGUCACCCAUUACCUUGGAAAGCACGGAACCGCUCGUUUCAAGAAAGCCGUGCUUGUCGCUGCCGUUCCACCUUUAAUGGUAAAGACGAGCGAAAACCCAGAAGGGACAGACAAGUCAGUCUUCGAUUCGUUCCGCGAGGCCAUGCUCCAAGACCGCGCACAGUUCUUCUUGGAUGUUCCCAGCGGACCAUUCUUUGGCUUUAAUCGUGCUGGCGCACAAAAGAGCGAAGGUCAGAUUCGUAGUUGGUGGCAGCAAGGGAUGAACACUAGUUUCAAAUCAGCGUAUGAUUCGAUCAAGGAUUUUUCUGAAACAGAUUUCACCGAGGAUUUGAAGAGCAUCAACAUUCCGGUUUUGGUACUGCAUGGAGACGACGAUCAAGUUGUUCCAAUUGCAUCAGCGGGUUUGAAGUCCGCAGAACUUCUGCCUCAGGGUAGAUUGAAGAUCUACAAAGGUGGAUCUCACGCCAUUCACAACAUUAAUGUCGACGAGGUUAACAAGGAUCUGCUGGAAUUCAUCAAGGAGUAACUUCAUUUUCUCUUUGUGAGUGUGGAGAUAGUGCUAGCGAUCUUCUAUAUCUUCAACAAGAUAAUUGAAAAUAUGUG